UAGAGGAGGCGAGUGGGCUGGGCUCCUGUGGACGCGCGGCCUGGGGUCCGCGCGCUCUGCGGUGGCUCCGCGAGGGGGAGAAGCGACAAGGGGGCUCGGGCACCCACCUGAUCCCCCAUGCACGGAGAUCUCCCCAGCGCCCACGCUGUGACUCCUGCAGCUGACGGGCACAUGGACACAGAACCAGCUCCAGGACGAUGUUCAGUGGGCUGGUGCCUGCCGGGCGCAGGAAGCCACUGGGAGGCCACUGGCUGUUGACAAGACAGUUGCUGUGAUACAGCUUCUUCACAGAAUCCACAAAUUCAGAAGUAGUUAAUUUUGAAGGAAAUGAAACGAAGUAGCACCAAAACGCAUGAAGCCACAGUCAACAGCACAAAAUCCUGCAGCACCAAGGCCAGGGAUUUAAUGCACAAAAUGGCGAAUGUACCAGAUUGGCAUAUUUCGUAUCCUUACACACAGAAGUUCAUGAAUUUAAGACCUCACUCUUCACCAUGUAGAGUGUAUUCAAGGAACAGUUUCCAAAAUAUGCUUAGACCUUUCUCUUCGGCCACAGCUAUUGCAAACCCAAUACUGUCCUUCUUAGAUGUUAAACGGAUUUUGUUUCAAAAAAUCACCGAUAAAGGAGAUGAGUUGAAAAAAGCCUUUGAGCUGCUCGACACCAGUCACAACAUGACGGUGUCAAAGAAUGAACUGAGAAGAAUUAUCACAACCUUCCUGAUGCCUCUCACGAGAGAGCAGUUUCAGGAUGUCCUGGCUCAGGUCCCCCUCACCAGCUCUGGUGCCAUCCCGUAUCUUGAAUUCCUGUCCCGGUUUGGUGACAUGGACCUAAAUAUAAAUGUUAUAAAGAAAGGAGGUGAGAAUGAAAUGAGUUGCAGUCGGACAGUAAAAGAACUUGAGACCCAAAUAGGAGAAAAGAUUUUCAAAAACAUUAAAACUGUUAUCAAAGCCUUGAAGCUCAUUGAUGUUAACAAGACUGGUCUGAUCCAGCCCUGUGAGCUGAGGAAAGUUCUGGAGACCUUCUGUUUGAAGAUGAAAAGUGACGAAUACAGAAAGUUUGCACAACAUUACAACAUUGGUAAGGACACCGCAGUGGAUUAUAACGUUUUUUUGAGGAACCUCAGUAUGAAUAACGACUUGAAUCUUAGGUAUUCUGGGGGAAGUCAAGAGAUCUCAUGGAACAAUCAGCCAGUCAAGAAUUCCAAAGAAGAGUGCCUGCACAGCUCUGCUUCCUCGGAAAAUGUCUGGAAAAACCGCUCCUUAGACGAAAUUGAGAGGACCUUUUGCCAAGAGCUUCCCAAGGCUUAUGAAAAGGUUGAAAAGGCCCUGAGUGCUGGGGACCCCUCCAAAAGUGGAUAUGUAUCUUUGAAUUACCUAAAGAUUGUCCUCGACACCUUUGUGUACCGAUUACCAAGGAGAAUUUUUAUCCAGUUAAUGAAAAGAUUUGGACUUAGAACCACCAGCAAAAUCAAUUGGAAACAAUUUCUAACAUCACUUUAUGAGUCCCAGUGGACGGAAGUCAACAGUACAGUUCCCCUGACAAAAAGAAAUAGCAUUACCUCUAGAAAUCAAUCUUGCAAGGAAGACAUUGUCACAAAGUUGUCUAGACACGAGGAUCACUGUACGUUGUUGAAGAAAUCACUCCUGAUGGCCCACACUAAACCCGAUGGACGGAUAAUCGGGGAAGAAUUGCGACGUCUUCUAAAUUGCAUGGUUGUAAAAAUCAGUGAUUCAGAAUUCAAGGAACUGAUGCAAAUGCUUGACCCUGGGCACACCGGAUGGGUAAAUAUCUACACGCUUAUCGAACUGCUUGAAGAGAGCUCUAAGAUACGAAAACUCUCCACUUGCACGGACACCUCAGCACCUCUCCUCCCGGCUUGGGAUUCAGUGGAAAAAAUUGUUCAGGACUCGAUUACUAGGAAUCUCCAAGCCUUCUGCAGAAUGCUGCAGUCCUAUGACCUCGGAGACACGGGGCUCAUUGGUCGAAAUAAUUUCAAGAAAAUCAUGCGCAUUUUCUGCCCGUUUCUAACGAUCGAACAUUUACUGAAACUCUGCAGUAAGUUUCAGGAUAUUGCUUCGGGAAGAAUCCUUUACAAGAAAUUUGUGGCAUGCAUGGGAAUUAGCGGCCCUCCCACCAUUUCUCCGGUUCUUGAUCCAAAGGAUCAGCUGUUAAGUGAACAUCUUCAAAAAGAGGAGGAGCGGGAGCUGGAGGUUUUGGAGAGAACCAAGCCUGCUGAGGACAGAAGCACCCUGACCAAGAGCAAGAUCGAGGAUGAAGUCAUUGAAAACCUCAAAAACCAUAAACAGCAGCAGGACCCAGCCUUCAGAAAACUAUUUCUUGACCUCAGCAAGGAACCUAAUGGCAAAAUUAAUGUACGUGACUUCAAGAAGGUGCUGGAUGCUAGCGGAAUGCCUGUGGAUGACGACCAGCUUGCUCGGCUGACGGCAAAAAUAGCAUAUAAGAAAGACGGGAUGAGUUACCUUGAUUUGGCCGCAGGAUUUGAAGAUGCUAAAAUGAAUGGGCCAGAAUCAGCCCCACUGCAACCUCCAGUUCUUUCAAAGAAUAAUUUAGACAGUGACUUUAUAACCGCUGAAGAAUGCCUGAAGCAGUUCCCCCAGAGACUGAAGGAAGCCUUCCGGGACCCCUACUCUGCCUUCUUUAAAAUAGACAGUGACAGGGACGGCAUCAUCAACACGCAUGAUCUUCACAGAUUGCUACUGCACUUACUGUUCAAUCUUAAAGACGAAGAGUUUGAGCGUUUCCUGGGCCUUCUUGGCUUGAGACUCAGCGUCACUCUAAAUUAUCGGGAAUUUCGAAAUCUGUGUGAGAAGAGACCAUUCAGGAUGGAUGAUGCGCCUCAGAGACUCAUUAGACCAAAACAGAAGGUCGCAGAUUCAGAACUAGCUUGUGAACAGGCUCAUCAGUAUCUUGUUACCAAAGCAAAAACCAGAUGGUCAGACUUAUCUAAGAAUUUUAUAGAAACUGAUAAUGAGGGCAAUGGCAUUCUUCGGCGGCGGGACGUAAAGAACGCGCUCUAUGGUUUUGAUAUUCCCCUAACGCCAAGGGAAUUUGAAAAGCUCUGGAUGCGCUAUGACACCGAGGGAAGAGGGCACAUUACUUACCAAGAAUUUUUACAGAAAUUGGGGAUUAACUACUCAGCAGACAUGCAUCAGCCCUACGUAGAGGACUACUUCAACUUCAUGGGUCAUUUCACGAAGCCCCAGCAGAUUCAAGAGGAGGUCAAGCAGCUGGAGCAGAGCAUGGACAGGGCCGUGCUGGUCAGGGAAAAGCUUAAGGACCAUUACCAAGAUAUCAGCAAAGCCCUCACCAAACUAGACAAAUCCAGAAACGGCUACAUGUCCAUGGGCAGGAUGCACAAGGUGCUGCAGGAGUGUGGCUGCUCUCUCACGGAAGAGGAACUGACCGACCUUCUAAACAGUUGGGGAAUCAGCUGGCAUGACAACUCCUUCAAUUACCUUGACUUCUUGAAAGCGGUGGAGAGCAGCAAGCCAACAAGGCCUCAGCCAAAAGAAAAAGAGGAGAACACGCCAGUCGAUUUCUCGACACUGGACCCAGAGGAGAUCGUCAAGAACAUCCAGGAAGUUGUUGCCUCCUCCGACGUGGCUUUGUCAACGGCGUUUUCUGCAUUGGAUAAAGAGGACACUGGGUUUGUAAAAGCUUCGGAUUUUGGACAAGUUCUUAAGGAUUUCUGUUACAAACUAACAGACAACCAGUAUCAUUAUUUUCUGAGAAAACUGAAAAUUCAUCUAACGCCCCUUAUAAAUUGGAAGUAUUUUCUCCAGAACUUCAGCUCCUUCUUUGAAGAGAAUGCUGCUGAGUGGGCUGAGAAAAUGCCCAAAGGCCCGCCGUCUACGUGUCCCAAGGAAAUGGCAAACCAGGAGCUGCUGGCUCGGCUGCACAAGGCGGUGGGCUCCCACUGCCACGCCAUUGCUCAGGAGUUUGAGAACUUCGACACCAUGAAAACGAACACUGCCUCCAGGGAUGAAUUCAGGGCCAUUUGCUCCCGCCACGUCCAGAUUCUGACAGAUGAGCAAUUUGACAGACUGUGGAGCGAGAUGCCGGUCAAUGCCAAGGGCAGGCUGAAGUACCCGGACUUCCUGAGCAUGUUCAGCUCCGAGAGAAUGGCAACACCGCCGACCACUGGCAGUUCCGUCAAGGCCCAAAGGGGCAGCAGUGUUCCCGAAGUCUCAUACAGAAGCAGGUCUGCAGUGUCAUCGCCCACUCACGACCUGAAGCCUGGGUUGAAACCUCCGAGCCACCCAUGUACCCCCGCCAGUGCCGGCUCGGCGCCAGGCCCCCUACCCUUGCAGAACUGCGAGCCCAUAGAGAGCAAGCUCCGGAAGCAAAUCCAGGGCUGCUGGAGAGAGUUCCUGAAGGAAUGCAAAGAGAAGGACGUGAACAAGCAGGGCGAGGUCACCACAGCUGAAUUCCUGGCUCUUGUGGAGAAGUUCAGUCUGGACAUAAGCAAAGAGGAAUGCCAGCAGCUCGUCGUGAAGUACGAUUUGAAGAACAACGGGAGGUUUGCGUACUGCGACUUCAUCCAGAGCUGUGUCCUCCUGCUGAAAGCGAAGGAAACCUCCCUGAUGCAGAGAAUGAAAAUUCAGAAUGCACAUAAGAUGAAAGAAUCUGGUGCUGAGACUUCUUCCUUUUAUUCAGCUUUACUGCGUAUUCAGCCCAAAAUUGUGCACUGCUGGAGGCCGAUGAGGCGCACCUUCAAAGCCCACGAUGAGGGCGGGACGGGGCUUCUAAGUGUGGCUGAUUUCAGGAAGGUCCUGAGACAGUACAGCAUCAACCUCUCGGAGGAGGAGUUCUUCCACAUCCUGGAGUAUUACGACAAGACGCUGUCUUCCAAAAUCUCCUACAACGACUUCCUCCGGGCCUUCCUCCAGUAGGUGACUGCUGUGGCGCAUCCGGCGGGGACCAGCCGGGACCACGAGGCCUGUCCCUAAGACUAACGAAAUCCCAGAAUCGGGGUGGGGUGGGGGGAGGGUCGUGAACAUUCAGCGUGUCUCCAGAAGCACAGCCAGCCCUGUGUCCUUCCCGGCGGUGAAGGCUCAGAGCUGCCCCGUGGCCCCGACACGGGAGGGGUGUCUGCAAGCAGCUUCGGGGCCCCCUGAGCUGGGAGACCCUGCACUUGGUUGGAGCAAAUAAAGCUGUUAGUCUUUGUGGGAAUGAUUCUUAAGGGUUCAUAAGAACCCCCAAUGAUAAAAUGCUUAAAAA